CGCUCCUAUGGAGUCUUCUGCAAGGGGCUGACCCGAACCCUGCUCAUCUUCUUCGACCUGGCCUGGCGGCUUCGCAUCAACUUUCCCUACCUGUACAUCGUGGCCUCCAUGAUGCUCAAUGUCCGGCUACAGGUACAUAUUGAGAUCCACUGAAUAUAUUCAGCUGACUGUAACAAAGUGCUAUUUCUGGGUUUACUGCUUCCUAAGAUGGAAACUAUGAGAGACAGAAGAACUACUCUGGGCAGUUGCCUCAUUAACAUGAAAGGAGAAGAAGAUGUUGAUUCCAGCAAACCAUUUUGUAAAGUUAAUAUAAGACAGCAGAAGGAGAUCCCUCAUCUAUCAGACACAUGCUCCUGGUCAAGUAAACCUGGAGUUGAUUUUAACAGAAGUUUACACAAAGAGCUAUUCUCUUCUGAGAUGAAGAAUUAUUUGAGUAAGGCUGAUCCAUUGCCACACAUUGGUAACAAAAUGCCUCCUUAUUUGAGAAAAUCAAGAAGAAAUUCAACUAAAGCAGCUGCUCAGAAAGAGUCAGUUAAUGUGGUUUUUCCUGCAAAAGAACAUUUUACUAAGAUUUUCUGUGGUAUUAAUGAAGCAAUAGUGAGUGACUGGCUGGAAAGAGCUAUCUGUUCUAUUAAUGACCUCAGAGAGUGGUGUCACGUAGGACAUAAUUUUGUACGGUUUGCAAAUUUCUGGCUCUCAGAACUACCAUACAAACAAAAAGUAAACUUGCUACGGUUAGAAAUGGGAAUCUUUGAGGAUGAACUGCAAAGUGCAUUUUUUGAGGAGGUAGGCACUGAGUUGGAACUCUCUUACCUGCAUUCCGUCCUUUCUGCAACACUGUGUGAAUACCCUGAAGUGCUUCUGAAUGAUGAAACAAAAUAUGUUUUCCUUGACUAUCUAAACUUCAUGUCUUCAGAGCAAACAAUAGAAUAUAAGAAAAUGCUUUCAAGUUUAAAAUGUACAACAAACAAUGUUCAGAUAGCGCUGUGGUUGCUAGCUCUACGAGCUUUUGCAUUAGCAAACCUCUGGCAUGCAGUAGUUAAGGUAAAAACAACUAUAAGAAACAGUAGUGAGUUUAAUAUAAAAUUGGUUCUUUAAAAUGAAUGUUUCUAAUUGAAUUUAGAUGCAAACAGUACAGUUAUAAAGUUUCUUCUUAGGUUUGUGUGAUUAGGAAAACUUCAAAGAAGUAGAACUGGAAUUGUUUUGUUGCAACUGUUAAAACAAGGAAUCAUUUUUAUAUUAGGAAACUUUUUUUGAAGCAUUUAAAUUGUGCUAAUGUAUUCAGAUUUGGGUAAGCCUUAGAAUAUUAAUGUCUUUGCCAGCAUUGAUUUCUAACUAGAACUGUUGGACAUAAGGUACUCUUCAAUUUCCAUUUUAAAGGGCUACUGUCAAAAUUCAGUCUUCAGCAUCUUUUUGCUUGUGACCCAUGUAAAAUUAAAUUCAUCUACUACUGGCUUGGCUGGGUUAACAUUAAGUUGCUUUUUUGUUUUGUGGAAAUGUUUUAACCUGCAGUAAAAUUUGACUUCCUUUCUCACUAUUCUAAAUAUGUUUUUUCUAACAAACUUAAAAAAUUUAAAUGGAGGUCCUAAGAUUAAAAUUGCAGUAUUGAACUUUUCUAGAAUGGUCACUUCUCUGACUCUCAGAAACCUUAUAGUAUUACGUUAAUUGAAAAGGUGACUUGAAAGUGGAUUUGAGUGGCAAUAGCUUACAUAUAGGUUGGCCUAUCCAGUGUUUCCAUUAUAAAGGGCCCAAUUUUCUGGGACUGAAAUGUGUUUUGCAUGGAAACAUUUAAAUUUUCAGAAGGUCCUUUUUGUUAACAACAGACUUGCCUCAGCAAUUAAUUUAAGGUCUAUGAGAUUCUCCCCAGUGUCAGUGAUGUAUUAUGAAAUAAGGGAAAACAGUAGUCUUGUGUGGUUUAAAAUGGGAAAUGUUUUCUUGCCAAACUCUUUUUUCAUUUCCAAUUCUUUUCCUUCUGAUCUUUUCUCUUUUGGUUCUUAAACAUUUUAUUGGCCUUGUAAAUUGUAGAAAUGUAUUAAACUCAUUUGCCAAAAAGCAGUAGAAUUUCUUACAUAGCAUUCAAUGCUGAAAUGAAAUUUGACUUGUGGCUCUGUGAGAAUAAAGUAUGUCCUUUUAAAUGAAAGCUCAAAAUGUGGGAGGGCAAAAAAAAAGUCAUCUUCACUUUUUAAUGCAUUAGCUGCUCAUUUUUCUUUUGAUAAUAUAACAGGUUACUAGGUCCACACACAUCCUUGUCAGCAGGUCACUGUAUCAUGUGAAAACUUCUGUAUUAAAUCCUACCUGGUAGCACUAAGGACAGCUCAGCUGUAGUUAUACUGCACUUACAUACCAACAAAAAGGCAGUUUGGGAAAGCAGUUGGUACCCAAACCAAGGGCUGACAGUCCAUAAAAAUACAGGUGAUAACUCUGUGAAAUUGUAUGAGUCCUCUUCAUUUUUUCAAAGUAAAGUUAUUUGGUAUAAACAUUUGACUUUGAGGCCAUAACUGCAGAAGUCCUAAGGUGGGAUUCUCUUAGCCAAAUUGCCUCCACAUUUAAUUUAUAUAAAACCCACUUCAAACUUUAUAGCCUUGACAGUAUAGAUGUUAAAGAAACUACUUUUGGAGAAAUUGUAGUUAUUAAAAUGUGUGCUUUUUAACAGUGACUUCACUGAUUAUCUCAUUGGAUGACUUUUUGAAGGUUAAAUAGCAUUUCUUAAAUUAAGACAUAAUAUAUAAAAAUAAGAUUUUUAUUAGGGAGUUCUUGUUUAUGUUUGGAAAUCAUUAUCACUUUUUUGUCACAUCAAAGCAGAUGAUUGGAGGGAUAAUUACUAAGUUACAAACCUGUAUACAAUAAAAGGCAAUUGAGAAACUGUUAACUUUUAAAAAUUAGGUCAUUAUUACUUUUAUGUCUGCUUCGUUUAUAAAUAGGGAAGCAAAAUAUGUUUUAGGCCUUAACCCAAAUUUCUUACUGCUCUAAAUUCAGAAGGGACUUUUACACUACAAUAUUUUCACAUGCAUAAUAUGAAAUAUUCUCUAGAAUUUUCUCUGUAUAUUUCCUCAGAUUUAUAAACCAAAAAACCCCAAACCAAAACAAACAAAAAAUCCUCUUUUUCUGACAUCUUGAGCAGAAGAAAAUAAAGGCCUUUGCUGAAAAGUGCCUGAAUUUAUAGUCUGAAACAGCAGUAAUUCUGUAGUCUCUAGUUUGUAGAAAGUAUGAGGGACUAGGAAUGGAAGCUAUAGUGCCUAAGUAUCCCCCCCACUCCCCAGUUUGGCAGUGACAGAGAAUGCAGAGUAGUCCUGAAUUCUGAAGCUUAUUUAAAGUCUAAAGAGUUAUUACUCCUAGUGGAAUCUUCUUUUCUUUCCAAUUUUAAUUCGUUUCUUCUUAACAUUUCAUGUU